AAGAAUAAAAUAUCUGAUAAUGUGAGUUUGUGACACAACAGAAUACAUAUAAAUACUGUCCAAGUGUAUGCACAGGUCUCCUCAAGCCUAAGUACAAAUCCUCUUUCCUAAAAACAAAAAAACUCAUAGUAUCAAGAUUGAAGAAAGACAUGGUUGAACAAGAAAUAAGCAGAAAAGGUCCAUGGACAGAACAAGAGGAUUACAAACUAGCCUAUUUUGUGGGUUUAUUUGGUGAUCGUAGAUGGGAUUUUAUAGCAAAGGUUUCAGGUUUGAGUCGAUCAGGUAAAAGUUGCAGGUUACGUUGGGUUAACUAUCUUCACCCUGAUCUCAAACGUGGCAAGAUGACUCCUCAUGAAGAAUCUCUUGUUAUGGACCUUCACUCUAAAUGGGGAAAUAGAUGGUCAAGAAUUGCGAGAAAACUACCGGGAAGAACGGAUAAUGAGAUUAAGAAUUAUUGGAGGACACACAUGAGAAAAAAGAGAGCACAAGAGAAAAAACAUGCAGCAACAAAAACACCUUCUUCAAUUUCAUCACCUGAUCAAUCUUCUAGUUGUCAAUCUUCGCUGUUUUCGAACAACAAUCACGCUGUGGAUUCGCGCGCUUCAAACAAAGAGACCGAAGAAGAAGAAGAAGAGAAUUACCAAGUUCAAGAAAGUUACUCAAUGGAUGAUAUAUGGAGAGAUAUUGCUAUGUCAGAAGAAGAUGACAUAAACAUUCUUCAACAAACUGUUUAUGAUGGAACUAGGGAAGAGAAUUGCAAUAACUUUUGUUCUCCUAUAAUGCCUUCUGCAUCAUCAUCAUGGGAUUAUUCUAAUUUAGAUCCCUUGUGGGUUAUGGAUGAAGAUGACAGCAAGAUGUUGUUCCCUCCUAUUGGUGAUCAAUGUUUCUCCUUUUAUGAUCAACAAGGGAACACAUUUCUAACUGGUUAAUAAUCAAGAUUAUUCUUUUUUUCGAUACCGUGUUCAUAUGUGUGUCAUUUGUCGUAAGGUAUAGUCGAAUUAACAUGUAUAGUUUAAUGUUCCGUAAGUACAACGAUACUAAAAAUUGCAGGAUAUUUGAUAAGUCAAGGCGCGAGUUCAAUCCUGCAACUCUCCACUUCUCUGCACGUACUACGUACUGUGUGUGUGAAUUUUGUUGAUGGUCUCUUUGAAACCAAAAAAUAAAAACUUGUAUAGUAUAGUAUAAAUCUUUUGGAAACGGACUUGACCAUGUGAUCUAAAUCAACGGUGGAGAUCAACUGAUUUUAUUAUUAUGCAAUCUGAGUCGUCUGAUCUUAAAUCAACGGUCGAGUUUAAGAAUUGCGACAUGGAAUCCAGAUCCAUAUCUUUGAAAGGCUUAAGCAUGGUUGUGGAUGAUGUGACACAGCUGUAAUCAAUAUCAAGAUUGUUAUGUAUAAGAUGAAGAUAUCAAUGUUUGUGCUUUUACUUUCAAGAAAUGUUCCAAUGUGAAAGUGGUAUGUUUUAUCUGAAUGUAAAAUAUCAAGCACUAGUUGGAUUUUGUUUCAA